CAUGCUCUGCACAAAAUUCUCUAUCGAAGUAUUGCCAAUGCAUACAUUUGAAUAAGUAUCACUAGCGGUGGAUAGGCUAGAUGGACAUGUAUCUAAUCUUUUAACAGCAGUUAAUUUCGUUUUAACUUGCUAAAAUAAAUUAUAGUAAUGACGUGCAAAAUACUUAUUUAUUUGGCAAUCGCGAGUUAUAGCGCUGUAUGUGCUGGAACAAUACGAUCAAUCGACCAAAACAAAUUAUAUGCUCCUAAAGAGUGGAAACUUCGUGAAGGCCACAAGUACUUGCGUACGUCAAAAAAUCAAAAGCGAGCCGAUAUCAACCCGAUGGCUCGCCAACUGCAUCCCAAGAUUAUGAGAAUGGUCACCGCUUUCAAGAAACUAGAAGAUGGAGGAAGAUAUGAUAAUGCAAAACACAGAGUAAUCAGCAGUCAAAAUAAUAAACGGAGGAACAAACUGCGUGUGGGAUACACAAGUUUUCGUCCCAGGGGAGGUCGUAUCUUACCCCGUACCCGUACCAAACAUAUUGCACGCAGUAAACCGGAGUCCACUCCCUCCGCAAUGAAGGGCUCUCAAGAUCGAGACAGACAGAUCUACGGAAAUCUGGACAAUCUUGGCAUAACAUAUGAUAAAACAAACCAAAGGAUAAUGUAUAGUGUCAAUAGGAAAAACAACCCGCUGCUUAGAUUAAAAAAAACAAAAAGAAAAUCCCGGCGUGCUCGAAAAAACAAUCAAGAGGAAACCAGACCUGAACUCGAUGACGCAAAUAAUUUAGACGAACUUACUCCUGAAAAUCGCUUUCCAUCGGACGACAUUAAAGAAACCCUUAAUUCUGAAAAGCCGCUGGAUAGUGAACAAGGUGUAGCUCACGAUGAGGUCAGUCGCAACGUCGGGCCGUUGGAAGACACGCCUGCGUCUGCGGCAUCGUUCCCUCACACAAAAGAACGGCUCGUUUACGGGAAUCUAGACAAUCUCGGCAUAACAUAUGGAAAAACAAAUCAACGAGUCAUGUAUAGUCAGAGUAGAAGAAACACUAUACUGGAAACCCUACUGAGGCUGUUAGAUCAACCGUCGUAUUCCCGAGACCGGAGUCAUAAGAAACCUCUCGUUAAAGAGGCUUCAGAUGUCGUUCCAGUUUUAACCAAUACUCGAAGGAAUAACACAAAUGACAGUGAUUCUGAUAGUACCGAUUCGGACACGGCAACUUCCGAUUACGAGUUUAAUCCCCAAAAUCCCUACACUGUGCACAAAAAUCGAUACCUGCAGAAUUAUCUUUGGAAUCAUAAGAUGACCGGAGAUCAUAUGAAUGUUAACCCUUACGCACCUCGGUUCAUUACCUUCGGAGCAACUGCACCCGAAUUAUUUUAUUCCAGAAAAUGGUGGUAUUUUAACCAAGACGAUUUUAUACCAUUCGGUUAAAAUGUUACCAAUUUAGCG